GAACCGUCAACCAGCCGUGGUGCGGUAAAAAAAACAAACGUUCUCAAAGUGUCCGAAAUUAAGGAAAUGUGGAAUUUCCCUAAAAUAAUUCAAAAUUUCGACACAACGGAGAAAUGUAUAUCGUUUGCAGAGGAGGAGGGUUUAAUUUUAAAAAGCAAACUAUGUCGUACGCAUAGGAUACCUAUGUUGGUAUCCUUAUCAGAUAGGAGCACGGUUGGCAUAUUCCGAUGCCGGAAAGGUGCCUGCCGUAAACGGACUGCGGUGUCGAGGUCGAGUGGGACAUGGUUUGAAAACGCAAAAAUACCACUGCCUCAGAUUUUUUAUAUAAUGUUUGCAUUUGCAUCGCACUGGUCCCAUUCGCAAGUUCGAAAGAACAGUUUUAUUAAGGAGCCAAUUUUAUCCAGCGCUACCAUAUGUGAUUGGUACAAUUAGUGCCGCGAAGCUGUAGUUUUAUACCAGGUUGAUCACCAGGUAGCGGUAGGUAAAAUUGGCGGCCCUGGUAAAAUUGUUCAAAUAGACGAGAGCAAAUUCGGGAAACGAAAAUAUAACAAAGGACGGAGAGUGGAAGGCCACUGGGUUUUAGGGAUGGUAGAGGAUGGGAGUGACGACCUUCGGCUGAAAGUGUGUCCCGAUAAUGUGAGGUCUGCUGAAGUGCUCAUACCCUUAAUUCAGAGACACGUUUUACAAGGUAGCAUCAUAUGUACUGAUUGUUGGAAGGCGUACGACUGCCUGUCCAGUCACGGGUAUGAGCACCGACGCGUUAACCAUAGCGAUCCAGAAAAUCCGUUUGUUGCCGAAGAUGGAACACACACGCAGAGGAUAGAAUCCCAGUGGCGCGUUAUCAAACGGUUUUUUUUAAAAGACAAUUAUAAUAACAGUGAAGAUUUCUCGAAUUUGAUUUAUGAAUACGUAUGGCGUAAAAAUGUUGCAAAUCAGCAUCACGAUCCAUUCGUAAAACUAUUAGAUGCAAUAAAACAUACCUUUAAGCCAUAAAA